AUGGCGUCAAUGCGGGAGUCGGACGACCCCGGCGAGGGCGCGAGUGCCACUGUGCUGUUGAAGCGGCCGCUGUUCGUGCUCAACAAGGCGCAGCACGAGAUAUACCUCACAGGACGUCUGCCGACCUGCGUCUACUUCCAGCGGGCGCUCUACCUGCUGCGCUGGCGGCUCUCCAGAUUCACCGAGCUGUGCUCCAGGCAGUUCUUGCAAGACAACCUCGUCAACCGCAACACAGGGGCUAUGGGAAACCGUGCCAGGCUGCCCGACCAGUACGGCAGGUCGGGCAGCAGCGCUGGCGACGCGCGGCAGGUGGCUGCGGCGCUGUCCAAGCGCAACGAGGCACCGCCUCAGGGCAACGGCGACUGCGUGGUACUCUACGGCACGGGGCGCUGCGUCACGCGGGCGCUGUUCGUGCUGCAGGACCUGUACGAGCACGUGAAGGAUCUAUACGUGGAGGCGCAGUCGCGGUUCAGGCGGCGACCGGUGCGCGUGAUGUGCGCGGACUGCUCCGCCACCUGGCAGCCCGGCCCUGGCGGCCGUGAGAAGCACGGCCUCAAUCAACGUUGCGCCGGCUGCGACGCGGCUACCAACAGGGCGCUGGAAGUGAUCGUGAAGCGCAUUCUACAGGUCGAUAUUUCGACGGGGUCUGUGGCCUGCUGCGACGAUGUGUACUCAUACGCUUCUCGGGGAUCGAGUUUGCAAACGCCGGGGCAAUUUUGCCCUAUGAAUUCAACGGACGCCGUAGUGACUGUGACACAACGGGAACGCAUGAUUUCCUCCAUACGGAUCGCCAUCCGCGUCGCGUGCACGUGA